UAGAUAGUGAGUCGGCCAAUCGAUCACGUGAUGCACUCGGCCAAACUCGAGGAGGAUGGUCAGUUGUCUGGAUAGUAGCCUAGCAGAGACCUGCUGAGGCGGGCCCUGGUUGGCUCUGUAGGAACCCAAGACAAGGGGGCCAGACCCAGAAACCAGAGCUCCACGACCUAGAGAUUCUUGUGGCUGGAGAUCCUGUGACCUUGACCUGUACCAUCAAAGGCACCUGUGCAGAGAAACCAAAGCCUUUUUCCUUUCCUGGAAUUGGCCCGCUCUCUCCUCCAACACAGACGGCUCCAGCAACUCCUCCUCCUGGUGCCGCACUUCACCCCAAAGCCUCAGGAUUAUGGCACCACUCUCAGAUGUUAUUUGAACUUCUCCCUAGCUAAGUUGACCAGAAGUAGCAUGGUCAUGUUCCAGGCGGUCUCACCCACUAGGCUGCUCUAUUCCUCUUGUUCCUUGGAGAAGACUCUACAGUGCAACUGUUCCUUCCAUGGGAUCCCUACACCCUCUGUGCAGUGGUUGAUGGAAGGUGUUCCUGUGGAUGUGAACAGCACAGACAACAUCUUCCAGGUGACUUCCACCAUAAUUGGCCCCUGGACCAACAGCACCAUCAGCCUCAUAGGGGAGCCAGAAAUAGUCAUGAGUCUCCACUGUGAGGGGAAGAACCAGUAUGGAACCCAUACUUCAAGCAUCUUCCUCCUACCAGAUAAACGUUCAGUUUACAGUGUGUUCAUGAAGGGGCUGAUCCAGGGCAUUGUGUAUGGAUCCAUUGCAUCGGCACUGUUCUUCUUCUUCCUUGUCCUCCUUGCAAUGAAGAUUCUUAAAUGGUGGGAGGACAGGCACAUUCCCAAGGCCAGAGAGACCCCAAUUAUCCAGAAGCCAGAGCUGCCGGAAGAGCCAGAAACAGCCAUGGAGUCUGAAGCCAAAACUCCUGGGCCUCAAUUGGAAUCUAGGGCUCCCGAGAGAGGACAGACCAUGGACAGACAGACUCCCAGACAGAUCAAGACACAUGCAUGGAUCGAAGAUGCGGAGACCGACCGGCCCAGCCAGACCUCACAGACCUACAGGGCAGGAGCAGCGACUUUGUCUGAGACUCUAAGACCGGAGACCACUGCUAGGAGCUCACGCAUUCCCUGGGCAGACAUCCCCCCAAAGACUCCUGGGUGCUGGGCCUCUUGGUCAGCCCCCACCAGGGACACACCUGCUUCCUGCCCUUGAGCCACACGGUCUGGGCCGGCAGGCGGACAUGCAGGAGCACGGAGAAUGGACAGAGGGGCCUGGGGGGAGGCAGUACUAGGAAAUGUGCUAAUGCUGUGGCAGAGGCCACACGGGCACUGUGACCCAGAGUGACACCCUCCUGAGGCCUCGGGCGCUACCAAGCAAAUCCGCCCUCGGCGUUCUGCAGAGAGAAACGGGGAGCUGUGGGAGGGAAGCGCCCGAAACACUAAAGAAGCCCCAGAGGCCUCUCUGCAGGGACACGGGGGAUCAUGAAGCCCGUCCUCCACACCCCCACAUUGCAAACAGCCUCAGAGUGCCUCAGGCCACACAGCAACACUGUGCACUGCUCAGGACCCCUCCAUCCCAGGACCUUUGGUCCCUGGAGCAGCUCUCCCCGUCCCUGGCCAUUUUCUCCUGCACUAAGAUUCUAGUGCACAGGUUGCAAAAUCAAAAGCCCACAUUGGCCCUGCAGGUAACAAAAUGGGUGCUGUUGGCCUGGUGGGGACCCGGUCCAUCUUGAGAGCAGGCUCCCCACCUGAAGGGGGUGCCAGCAACAGCGAACUCAGCUCCAGCUCUUACCUCCCGACAGGAAUGAGAUCUGAACUGCUGGGUCUUCUGGUUUUUGUUUUAAUCUAUCUGUCCUCUACCUCUGACUGUCUGUCUAUCUAUAUCUAUCAUCUAUCCAUUCUCUACCUAUCUAUCUCUGUAUUUUCAGAAGAAUCCAGACACCUAGAUUCUAGUGUGAAAUUUCUGGAUUCACACACGUUAGUAACAGUGUUUAAAAAGCACCAUGGGUCCUGGGGCGCCUGCGUGGCUCAGUCAUUUAGGCAUCCAACUCGAUUUUGGCUCAGGUCGUGAUCUCAUGGUU